UGUCACGUCACUACCAUUCAAAUUGCGGAUAAUGGAACAUUUGGAGCUAGGGCUCUUUCUUGCUCGAUGACGGCCCCGGCGCUGGCGGCAUCUCAAUGGCGCUGUUUCGCGUGUGGAUCUAAGCUCGGCGCGGCAAAUGCGGAGUUUGUAUCGCCGCAAUUCCUGAGGCUCUCGGCGGCGCCCAGGAGGUGGAUUUCGAUCAAGAAGAGCUGCGGGCGUGGGGGAUUGGCGAUUCGUGCGGCCGUUUUUGAUCAGCUCUCGACGAGCUUGGAGAAAGUAUGGACAAAGCUCCAAGGAGAAGAAACGCUAACCAGCGAGAAUAUGAAAGAGCCAUUGCAGGAUAUCCGUCGAGCCCUGCUCGAAGCAGAUGUGAGCUUGCCAGUGGUUCGAAAACUCGUGGGCUCUAUCGCGGAGAAAGCUGUUGGCACAGGCGUUAUACGUGGAGUGAGGCCGGACCAGCAGCUUGUCAAGGUUGUGUAUGACGAGCUCAUAUCUCUCAUGGGUGGCCAAGCGGCACACAUUGAGUUUUCUGGAACGCCUCCCACCGUGAUUCUUAUGGCUGGGCUUCAAGGUGUGGGAAAAACCACCGCUUGCGGGAAACUGGCGCUUUACAUGAAGAAAAAGGGAAAGAGCUGCAUGCUUGUGGCUACAGACAUUUACAGGCCUGCUGCAAUUGAGCAACUGAUCACUCUAGGAAAACAGGUUGAGGUUCCUGUGUUCGAGGCAGGGACUGAGCUAAGUCCUGUAGAGAUUGCGAAAAGAGGUCUGAAAGAAGCAAAGGAGAAAGGAACAGACGUUCUUAUUGUGGAUACUGCUGGACGCCUUCAGGUUGAUGCCACAAUGAUGGACGAACUAAAGCAAAUGAAAAAAGUCCUUAAUCCAAACGAGGUGCUACUGGUUGUCGAUGCCAUGACGGGCCAGGAGGCUGCUGCUCUGGUAUCUGCUUUCAAUUUGGAAGUGGGAAUCACUGGAGCUAUAAUGACAAAGGUCGAUGGGGAUUCGAGGGGUGGAGCCGCGUUAAGCGUGCGAGAGGUUUCUGGAAAGCCCAUCAAAUUCGUUGGAGAAGGUGAGGGUAUGAACGCUCUGGAGCUCUUUUAUCCCGAUCGUAUGGCUAGUCGAAUUCUGGGCAUGGGAGAUGUACUGUCGUUUGUAGAGAAGGCCCAAGAAUCGAUGGUGAAAGAAGAUGCCGAAGAUAUGCAAAAGAAGAUUAUGGAAGCCAAAUACGAUUUCAAUGACUACUUGAAACAGCUGAACGCACUAGCCCGUAUGGGAUCAAUGGGGGGAGUUUUGAAACUCAUACCUGGGAUGAACAAGGUCACUCCACAGCAAAUCCGUGAAGCUGAAAGGAGCUUGAGUAUAGCAGAAGCAAUGAUAAACGCCAUGACUCCUGAGGAAAGAGAAGAUCCAGAGCUUCUUGCCAAGUCGCCCGUUAGAAGAAAAAGAGUUGCCACGGAAUCUGGUAGAACGGAAGCACAGGUUGGCCAGCUUAUAUCUCAACUAUACCAAAUGCGUGCUCAAAUGAAGAACUUGGCAGCAAAAAUGCAGGACGGAAAGAUGCCAGGACUGGAAGACCUCGAGGAGCUAAGCAAAGGAGCGAAGCUUCCACCCGGCACAGCAAGAAGGAAGAAAGGCAAAUCCGAGCUCCAGAAGCAAUUGUCUGCCAUUGGAAAUAAGCAGUCGGCUCCCAAGGGAUUUGGAUCGAAAAACUAGUCAACACUCAACUAGGACAAAGUAAGAACUGGAAGCAUUACUUUGUAGAGUCUUAUCACUAUUAACCAGAAUUACUUUGUA